UUUUAUUUCUUUUUUCUUUUUUCUUCCAAUUUUGCCCGGUGGGGCUCAGCUGGGGUGGCGAGGGCGGCCGCUGGAGGCGCGAGGGCCUGCCCCCCCCCGGGGAGGGCGGCGUGUGCGCGCCCCGGCGCCCGACGCACAUCUGGGCCGGCCGGUGCCCCGGCGGGCUGCGAGCUCUAACACCUGGGGCCGGGCGGGGACAGCGGGGAGCUGCGCGCUCUUGGCGCUGCCGGUGCGCCGGGCCGGAGGGGGAGGCCGCGCGGCGGGGCUGGGACUCAGUUGCCACCUCCAGAUCGGGCCCGGGGCUGCAAGGGGGUCGCCGCGAUGCCAGGCGAAAAUAUCUUCCUGUUUGUGCCUAACCUCAUCGGUUAUGCCCGGAUUGUCUUUGCCAUCGUUUCUUUCUACUUCAUGCCCUGUUGCCCCCUCACGGCCUCCUCCUUCUACUUGCUCAGCGGACUUCUGGACGCUUUCGAUGGACACGCUGCUCGAGCCCUUAAUCAAGGGACCCGGUUUGGGGCCAUGCUGGACAUGCUGACGGACCGCUGCUCCACCAUGUGUCUGCUGGUCAACCUGGCCCUGCUGUACCCACGGGCCACCCUUCUCUUCCAGCUCAGCAUGAGCUUGGAUGUGGCCAGCCACUGGCUGCACCUCCACAGUUCUGUGGUCCGAGGCAGUGAGAGUCACAAGAUGAUCGACCUGUCUGGAAAUCCCGUGCUUCGCAUCUACUACACCUCCAGGCCCGCUCUGUUUACCCUGUGUGCUGGAAACGAGCUCUUCUACUGUCUCCUCUACCUGUUCAAUUUCUCCGAGGGACCUUUAGUUGGCUCUGUGGGUCUUUUCCGAGUGGGCCUCUGGGUCACCGCCCCUAUCGCGGUGCUCAAGUCUCUCAUCAGUGUCGUCCACCUGAUCACAGCCGCCCGCAACAUGGCUGCCCUGGACGCCGCGGACCGUGCCAGGAAGAAGUGACCCCGGAACCUCCAGCCCCUGGCUGCCUACCUGCCCUGGGAGUCUCGCUGUGCCACGCGGCUCCCCCUCUCACUCCCGUGAGGUCCCAGGCUCACGUCUUCCUAAUGUGUUGUCCGGCCUGCUGGGAAGGGCGUCAGCCUCUUUGGUGAUGCCAUGUUCUCUGAAAUCCUGAGGACCAGUCCCACCAGUAGGAUUCCCCAGGACCUGGACUUCAAAUCAGGAAGGAUGCUCAGGAGGCCCUGCCCAUACGGGCAGUGCUCCUAGGGCACCAAGAGACCUGUCUGAGGACCGGGCAUUGUUGCACCUGCUGGCUCAGCUCUGGGGUCUGGCUUGGCCUGAGGCUUCAGAGACACCUGAAUGAGGGAGAUGGGGUAGGGGCCAGGUUUCUCGACAGGCAGGGAGUCAGGCCUGUGCCCCUGGCCAGAGGAAGCCUGCGGUCCCACGGCCAAGAGAGAAGGAGCCGAGUAGAUCCUUUCCCAUCCCAGCCUCCUGUGUCUGGUCUAUCCCAGCUCUGAAAACCUCUGUAAUAAAGGGGGAGGGGGACGUGACUCUCCAGGAUUUGGUUUCCUUUGAGAUACAGUUGGACCAAGGCCUGGUUGAGGGGAGCUUGGGGAAAAAGAAGAUUCAUCUGGAUGCUUUCCCCUAGUUGCUUACUGUCUGGCUCUGUCCUGUCGUUCCACAGUGACCUCAGACAGAGGCCCUCCCUGCCACCCAAGCUCGUACCCUGUCUCUGCCUAGUUUCUUGAUGACCUCGUCACUGGCUGUCUCAUUUAUUUGUAUACCUCAUAUUUUCUAUCCCCACCAGAAUGUAAACUCCCUGAGGGCACAGACUUUUCUUGUUCUUCCUCUGUCCCCACAAUGAAGAUUAACCUGAACCUGGCAUAUCAUAGCCACUUAAUAAAUAUUCACGAACAGA